AUGGCUCCCGCCUCCCGCCACGCUCAGAACCUGGGCCAGCUCAUAGAGUACAUACCCGACCGACUCUACCUCGGAGCCUACAUCAACCCGCCCACGGCCGACACACUCUUCCCUACGCCGCCCGAGUCGCCUCGAAAGCGAGCCCAACGAGUCGCCGAAGGUCGUGCUGUUGCGCCGUCGCCGUCGCCUAGCUGCCGCUCGCCGCCUUGCUACUUUACGAUUGAUGAUAGCCUCUUCUACAAUGCCUUUCACCACGACUUUGGCCCCCUGCACAUUGGCCACCUCUACCGCUUCGCCAUUCGCUUUCACGACAUUCUCGGUGCCAAGGAGAAUAAGGAUCGUCCCGUCGUCUUUUGGAGCGCCGCUGACCCAAGAAGUCGUGCCAAUGCCGCCUGCAUGCUCGCGUGCUACAUGGUGCUGAUCCAGAACUGGCCGCCGCACCUGGCCCUCGCCCCCAUUGCCCAGGCCGACCCGCCGCUGAUGCCCUUCCGCGAUGCCGGCUAUAGUCAGGCCGACUAUGGUAUCACCGUUCAGGACGUUGUCUACGGCGUCUGGAAGGCCAAGGAGGAAAAGUGCAUCGACCUGGACAACUUUGACCUCGACGAGUACGAGCGGUUCGAGCGUGUUGAGCACGGCGACUUCAACUGGGUCACGCCCAACUUUCUCGCCUUUGCCUCCCCCCAGCAUACUCCCGUCGCCAAAAUCACAGAAGACUCGGGCCUCUUCAAGCUCCUCCCCAGAGACCUCGAUGCUGUCGACGCCCACCCCACGCUCCCGCAGCCGUUCAAGAAUAUCCUAACGCACUUUGCCGAUCGCAGCAUUGGCCUGGUUGUGCGUCUCAACUCGCAUCUUUACUCGCCAUCGUACUUUGAGGCCCUCGGCAUCCAGCACAUUGACAUGAUCUUUGAUGACGGCACGUGCCCCCCGCUGACGACUGUCCGCAAGUUUAUCCGCCUCGCCCACGAGAUGAUUACCGUCAAGAAGAAGGGCAUCGCCGUUCACUGCAAGGCGGGCCUGGGCCGCACAGGCUGCCUGAUUGGCGCCUACCUCAUUUACCGCCACGGCUUCACCGCCGACGAGGUCAUUUCCUUUAUGCGCUUCAUGCGGCCCGGCAUGGUGGUCGGGCCCCAACAGCACUGGCUGCAUCUCAACCAGGGAACCUUUCGCGAGUGGUGGAUUGAGGAGCGCGUCGAGCGUAGGCUGCGGCGCGAGAUGGCCAACUCGAACCCGGUGCCCAGCACGCCCAUCCGGGCCAUGCAAAAGAACUCGCUCCGCAACGGCCAAUUAUCUACACCCCCCAACCGCAGCCCCUCGAACCGCACACCGCUGAGCGAGCUCGAGGACCGCAGCAACCAAGGACACAACCAGGAGGACUACCUGCCCGCACCCACGCCCGGCCAGCCCAGAAAGACGCGCUCGGAGCGCCACCACCCGUACCAGCGCUCGGGUUCGCACACCACGACGACAAUCGAGGAGGGGCACGGCAUUGAGCAGGAGACGGAAGUUGUGGCCGUGCAACGCCACUCUGCUGGCGGCGCCACGGGCGACUCGGAGGAGGAACUGCUCGUCCGCAUGCGCAGCUCCCGUAAGGCAUCCCAUUCGCCGAUGCGCAGCGAAAAGUCGCGCUCAGUGAGCCAGACGACGUCGACGACCAUUUACAUGAUCGACAACGACUCGUCCCGAGACGCCGAGAACAUUGGCGCAGGCCGCCCGCCCAAGACGGUGGAACGCACCCAGAGCGCCUCGGCCACGCUGCCCCGGGUGCGCGGCAGCCGUCGCGGCGCCAUGCCCGAGUCACCUCUCCGCAACAAGGACAGUUCAUCGGCGUCAUCAGGAGGCGUCCGCAAGACGAGCGGGCGCGUGGGCAGCGUCAGUCAAGGGACCUCGGCUGCGGCCUUGGCCACGGCCCGCAAGGUGUCGGGCGCAUAG